AUGGUCUCCAUUCGCAACAUCCUCGUUAUUGCCACUAUCCUUGCCCCAGUUUUCGCUUUCCCAGCGGAUAUCCCUGAUAAAUGUCUUCCUGGUAGACGUUGUGCCACUGAGUGCUGCGCUGCCGAUCAAAUAUGCGUCACCGAUGAGAAAUUCCCUGAUGGCCACUGCGUCGACCGUGGUAUUGUUCCUACUCCACGCAUCUGUCUUCCAAAUAGACAGUGCGGCCUCGAUUGCUGCCGUGCGGACCAAAAAUGCGUGAAGGAUGAGAAGACUGGCGACGAGAAGUGCGUUGAUAGUGGAAUUGUUCCUCCAAAGAAAACACCUCUUCCUUGUAUCCCCGAGCAAGUUUGUGCGGACGACUGCUGCCAGGCUGACGAGAUUUGUGUCGAGAAGGUUAAAGGGGCUGGGUUGGUUUGUGUGAACCGAGGAAUUGUUCCUGUUUAA